AGGCGCUGGGCGCUCGGCAGGGCGGGGAUGCAGAAGCCCGCCUGAACCCCCCUCCUCCCGCCCGCCUCUCCCUGCGCCCUUGCUCGCUGAAUUGAAUGGCGAGGUGCUGCGCUGCUUUGAGUCCCAUCGCCGCCUUUGCGCCCUUCGGAGGUGAAGCAUCCAAGCGCCGGUCCUAGGCUGCGUUUGGAGGGAGCCCCGCUGCAACCCAGCAUGUCUUCGGCCAAACAAAGGAGCAAUAAAGGCGGCGGCGGCGGCGGCUCCUCUCCGUCGGAAAAGGGAGCCCAUGCCGGCCUCCCCGAUGACGUGGCGAAGAGGCACCCGCAGCAGCCAAGCCAGGCGCAUCCCAAGGGCUCCUCCAAGGGGAGCGCCUCGCCGCCUGGCUCAGGGAAAGCCUCCUGCGCCUCGAGCCUCGGGAAGGUCCUGAACGCUCUCUUCUACCUUGCUCUCUUGGCAGUGGCCGGGCUUUCCGCCUGGGGGGCCCAUUGCCUGUGGGAAGAGGUGAACCACCUGGGCCUCAGGCAAGAAGGUUUCGCCAGGCAGCGGGAGGAGCUGGCCCGCGCCGUGGGGGGCGUGGAGCAAAAGAUACUGUCUCUUCAGUCUGCAUUUGGAGGUUUUGAAUCGACUCUGAAAAAUUAUCAGCAAACUCAAGAUAUUACCGGGAAGGCUGUGAGACAGGGGGAGAGCGAGAUAAAUCGCAUCGGUGAGGUUCUUCAGAAACUACAAAAUGAAAUCCUGAAAGACCUGUCCGAUGGCAUCCAUGUUGUGAAAGAUGCCAGAGAACGAGAUUUCACAUCGCUUGAAAACACAGUGGAAGAAAGGCUGACAGAACUUACAAGAUCUAUAAAUGACAAUAUAGCAGAAUUCACCAAUGUCCAGAAACGGAGCCAAGAGGAAAUAAACGAAGUAAAAGCAACUGUAGCUUCACUUGGUGAAGCGGAAACAUACAGGCAUGAACUACAGGCUUUGAGAAGUGUUGUUGAUGAGAUGCAAGCAUCCAUGAGAGCUAAAGAGAAGGUCAUAGAGUCAUUGCAAAGUACUAUUGAUUUAAUGGAGUCGGACGUGUUGUCUGAAGUCAAGGAGCUUGUCAAUCUCAAACGAGAGCAUGACAAGUUCAAAGAGGCUGCUGACACGGAGCACCUUUCCUUACAAGCUUUGGAAGAAAAAGUUCUUAAGGCAGAAGAGGUCAUCGCGCAUCUUCCUGAUGAGCUUAAUAGACUCAGUGAAGACUUGCUGCACAUUAAAACCUCAGCUAAGGUACAAGAAAGCUAUACAGUCCAUGAAGACAUUCUACAAACCCUACAAAAGAAUAGUGAACGAUACGACUCUAGGUUCAAGUCCAUAGAAGAGACUCUCCAGGCUUUGAGUUCGCCAACUGCCCAGCAUGGGGAAAUGAUGGGAUCCCUUGUCUCCAAGUAUGACAGCAAGCUAACUGCUUUAGAAGAAAGUAUUGGCUCUCUCCGUGGCACUUCAGAGGGUGAUGUGCGUUCAUUGUCAGAUACUGUAAGGAGUCUGAGCGAAUCUCAGCUUUCAGUGUACAGUGACAUUGAUGAACUGCGGAGAAGCGUAAGCGACUUGUCAAACAAUGCUGAUGCACUCAAUAGGAUCCAAACUCAAGUCCGUGCUCUGAUGGAUCAAGAAAAACCUCUGAUGGAUAUGGGGUCAUCUAAAGAUCACCUAGAAGAACUCUCUUCUUUAAAAGGUUCCAUUGGUGACCUGCGGUCUUCUCUUGACCAAGCUGAAUCUGAUUUAAAAAUGCUCAGGACUGCAGUGGAUAGUUUAGUGGCUUACUCAGUGAAAAUAGAAACCAACGAGAACACUGUGCAGUCUGUGAAGAGCACAUUGGACGACUUAAGGAAUGACCUGGACAGGUUGUUUGUAAAAGUAGAAAAAAUACAUGAGAAGAUCUAAGUAUCCAGUGUCAAACAUGUAUAACAGUUGAACUGCCCUAAAAAUUGCUUUUCUAGGCCAAUGCUCUGAUGGGGGAAGUGGAAUGUCUGGUGGUUUUGAAUGCCUCUAGAACAAUCAUAACAAUCUGGCACCUUUAAAAAAAUGCUAGGACAAAUAGUUUUGGUUCUACUUAGUAGUGUAAGGGAGGAAAAAGGCAAAUUAUGAUUAUUUUUGCCUUGAUCCAGUCCAAAGAGUUCCCUUAUGGAAAGGAAUGCCUAUUCAUUUGAAUGGAGGAAGAAGACUUGUGUAUCUAGUUCUGCUUCCUCCAUUGAAAUAAAUGAAAGUAGUUGCUGCACGGAAGAGUUCUGUGUACAUACAGCUCUGGAUUUUUUUUCUGUGUGUACAGUAGCUGGAGAAAGAUGAUACAGCUCCCCUAAUAAGACAAUUCCUUAGCAAAACUAAAGAGCACAUACUGUUGUACACCUCUCCUUUUCCAAGGGGCUUUGAACUUAUUCCACAGGGAAUAACUAUCUGCAAUAAGUGAUAGCAUUUUGACUUCUGCAAACAAAACAAUACUUUUCUGUUUUUCUUGGGACCACUCACCGUGUGGCAGAUUAAAAAUACGUUUGCAGUUCAUUGCUACAGUGUUCUGUAGGAACUAAGUGGGGGAGAUGAAGCAAGAUAACUGAGAAUAUGCCUUAAGGAGAAGGGUAGUAUGAGAUGGUAGAGAAAAUCCCCCCCCAAAUUCUUUUAAGUAUUUCCCCCAUGAUGUAGCUGAAUAUAAUAUGCAUCACUUUGAGAUCUAUUCCAAGUGCCUGAUCUUCCACUGUUGAAUUCAGUGUAACAGAACUGGACCUCGAACUGAUCAAACAGUGGACAUGAAUAAUUGUUGGAAGAAUGAAAAACAUUCUUAAUAAUAAUCUUUUUUAAAAAACCACUGAACAAUACAACUGUCUGGAUCCUUGUUUACUUCCUUCAGAAAAUUUCUGUAUCUUGGUCUUUUGUUUUUUGAUUGUUUACUUAAAUGUUUAGAAAUGUUAGGAAGGUAUAGAUGCAGGCUUUUUUCCAAAAUGCUUGUGAGAUGUAUGCACAGACUUCCCCAAGUUGCUAUACAUCUGCCUGUGGUGAUGUUUCUAAAAGGAGCACAAACCAUCCUUGGGUAAAGGGCAGAAAAUCUGUCAACAUCCAUGUGUGUGUUUCAAAGAUGCUGCCAAAAGACCUUAAGCCUUAAAAACAAAAAAAAGAUGCACUGUAUUGACAUAGUGUUACUUGUCUACGUUUGUUUUUUGCUGACUUUCUUCUGAGUUUUGAAAAACCAUGUAGUUGACUGUGAAAUUAUGUCCUUUCCCCCAUCUGGAUUACCUAAUAAACACUUAGAACUCUACUA